UUGGUUCGUUUGUAUUUGCUCGUCUGUUGCGUCGGUUGUGGGCUUGUGUCGCACGGAAAACUGCGCGUAAGCUCGAGCAUUUGUUUUCGCCUCGUACUAGAUGCUGGCUGCACCAACAGCAGCAGCGUCAGCAGCAGCGCCAGGAGAAAUUAAGCAAGUGUAGGCCCACGCGCCACGGCCACGGCAAAAAGCGUAACUAAUCAAGCCCGGACGCUCAUUUGAGCCAUCAAUGGCAUCCAAUUUUUGGCCAUUUUGCGGCAUAAACGGAAACGGAAAUGUGCGUUGGUUGUUUGGAAGCGUCACAGGAAUGGCAUGUUGCGUUAAGGGUGCUUGAGCUUCACGGAGACGACCCCAAAUAAACAAUCAUCACAUAAAUAUAUAAUCAACAAGCGUCCACGUUCACGUCCAAGGGAAGCAGUUGAAGUGGAAGUGGAAGUGGAAGUGGAAGGAGCAGCAGCCACAGAGGGGGCAGAAGCAGAAGCAGACACAGACUCGGGCACCAGCUGGCAUAACAGCAGACAGCACAGGCAGGGAGGAGCAGGACAAAAAGAAGACUCCUUGGCUGGCAGCCAAGAGCAGCAGGCAGCAGGCAGCAGGCAGCGCACCAUGUAAACCUCUCUGGGGGCCAGAGGGAGACAGUCGAUGUGAAGCGAUGUGAAAGCUAAACAUUUUGCAAUAUUUAAGAACAUCCCCGACGAACCGACAAAACCUGUUGCUUAUCCCGAGCCUCAUUCCGACUCCGACAGCCGACACAUCGCAGACACCCAACACCAGAGGACCGCCAGCAGCACCUGAAACAGAAGAGCUGUCGAGAUGGCCAUCCACGUGCUGGACUAUGAUCACUUUGCCAUCAGCGCCAUUGUUGUGGGCAGCCUGCAGCUGUUCUUCUUUCUCAUCAACUCGAUGCUGCACAUGGACAAGCUGACGGACUUUGCGGGCGGCGUCAACUUCAUUAUCAUCUCGCUGCUGACCUUCUUUCUCGGCCAAAUUGAUCGGCCUUCAAAGGCCUACGACAGCCGCCAGCUGAUGGUCACGCUCUUUGUGUGCCUGUGGGGCGCUCGGCUAUCCGGAUAUUUGCUGUAUCGCAUCAUCAAGUUGGGCCGAGACAAGCAGUUCGAGGAUACCCGACGCAACGUCAUACGCUAUGCGGUCUUCUGGACCUUUCAGGCCGUUUGGGUGUACAUCGUGUCACUGCCUGUGAUCAUCAUCAACUCGCCGCGCCACUCGCAGCCGCAUGCACCCAAGACCAUGACCACUUUGGACUCCACUGGCACGGGCAUGUUCAUUGUGGGACUGCUGGCCGAGACCUAUGCGGAUCUGCAAAAGUUCUCCUUCCGCCAGGAUCCCGCCAAUCAGGGAAAGUUCUGUAACGAUGGGUUGUGGAGCGUUUCACGUCAUCCGAAUUACUUUGGGGAGGUCAUCAUUUGGUGGGGCAUCUUUGCCAUCUCCCUGAACGUGAUCAGCGGCCACGAGUGGGUGGCCAUUGCCUCGCCCAUCUUCACCACGCUGAUCAUACUCUUCCUGUCCGGCAUUCCGCUGCGCGAACGCAGCGCCGAUGAGAAGUACAAGGACCAGCUGGAGUAUCGCAAGUACAAGGCCUCCACCUCGCCACUGAUCCCCGUGCCACCUGCUGUCUAUGUGGAGGUGCCCAGUGCUUUGAAGUUCAUCCUCUGCUGCGAGUUCCCCAUCUACGACUCGAUGAGCAUCCAGAAGGACCUCAGCCCCUACUCGCUGUCCAUCGCCCGCUCCCACUCGCACAUAUAGCAGUCAGUGGCCCACUCCAGCAGCACGCAGGCUGGGGUGGGUCAGGUGCACACCCAUUCGGUGGCCCAUUCGCUCCACAGGGGCCACUGCUACGGGGCCAAUGGGGGGGAUGCCGAGAGCCACCACAAUUGCGGUGGCAGCUGCCGCAAUGUGCACGUCAAGUCCAAUCCGUACCAGUGCGAGGCGGGCUACGGCCACUAUCCGGUGAAGCACACCGAUGACGAGGACACGGACGAUGGCAUCAUCUAUAUGGCUGGACACGGACCUGGGCCGUGCUGCUCCAAGGCAAAGACGCACUGCUUCAACGAGCAGGACCAUCAGAAUUCGAAUCAGCACCACAAAAAGCCAACGAAAUGCCGCUACCUGGCCGAGGAGGAACUGGCCUCCGACUACGAUGAGGAUGUGCCAGCCAUCGAUCUGAGCAAGGCCACCAGCGUGGAGAGUUUCGGCACUCGGGUGCAAACGGAGCGCUCUGUGAAUGCCGAUGGCCUGCCCGUGACCGUGACCACGAUAUUGUGAUUGCCACUAUAAGAUUAUCAUUUGUCCCAGAGAUCCCAAUUUUUUGAUUGUAUAUUGUAAAUAGACGGAGCUUUGCCAUUGUGCACAUUGUUGCCAUUGUUGACUCCGUGAAAGUGAUUUUGAAAAACGAAUUGCGCCAUGCAAAAGGGUGCCAAAGUGCCGCAGAUUGUAAAGGCAACGAUGGUAGAGGAUAAUACAAGGAUACCUUCAACCACACAGCUGUCUAGCACUCUCUAGUCUCUAUGCUGUAGUUGCUCAAAUAACUAAUGUGCCUCUUAUUGUGAGUAAAUCCCUAGAUUGUUGCACUCUUUCAAAGUUUAUGCUACUACUCCCACUUACUACUAGUCUUUGUUGAAUUCUUGAUAGAUACGUUCCUAGACACCCUUUCCAAACUGUGUAUAACACACACACACAGAUCUCCUGCUAGCUGCAUAUUUUCUUAUCAAACCGCAACUCUCGCCCCACCAAAAUAAAGUGAAACUCGAAACCAACCAACCAACAACAAAAACUGAAACAUAUCCCGGUAUAUGAUGAAAAGCAGAAAUUACACGCUAGAAAGGGUUCUUAAGCCAUUGUUAUUUUAUAUACAAGGACUAUCUAUAUUAGCCAUUAAAGAUUUAAAGGUAUAUGGAUGUUAUCACUAUGUGUCUGUGUCUCGCUAGCGUCUCAAAUUUUAAGCAGUAUUACAAAC